AUAUUUCUAUGGCUUGUGCUUUGUGUUUAGUAUUAAUUUUCGUGCGAGCUAAAUAGUCCAUGACUUGGUCUAAAUAUUGAAAAAAUUUAUAUAUAUAUAUAAAACAUCUGUUUCAUCGAAUAAUUGAAAAUAUAUCCAUCUGAAAACACCUUUUGUUUCAAAAAUCCUUGUGAAAAGUAUGGGGAUGCGCUAGCUAAUUCACAUUUUCAAAGUAGUAAUGUGUCUCUGACGAUUACAUACUUGGGCAUGUAUGUAUGUAUGCAUUUGCUGGCCAUCGGCAUUGCUGCAGAAGGCAUUGUUUGGUUGCUUUCGCUGAUGCUGUCGCCUUUGACGCCAAAGUUGACGUUGACGCUGACUCCGCAGUGCCGAAUGAUACACAAAUUUGUAUCGUAGUCGAUGCCAGCGCGCGUUGCAAAAAAUUUGGAAGUGAUAAAAGCAAAAUAUGUAUGUGUAUGUUUACAAAUGUGUGUGUACCCGUGUGCAUAUAUUUACACAUGUAUAUAUAGUAAAUAAAAAGUACAACAAAAGAUAAAUUCAGUUCGCUCAAGUCAAUUUAAUUGAAAGAGUUACAAAAGUGAAAUGGUACUUGAAAUCGCCAAACAGAUGCAAAAUAGUAGCAUGGCGAAUAGUGCGAAAAUGUGAUACAAGUCGCACAAUCAAAUUUAAAUUUGUGUCAUUAGUGCAUUUUACAUUUAUCGAUCGAAUUCCACUGUUGGCCCACUGCUGGUAGUAUUUGGUGUCGGACGCAAGGAGUCAAGUGACGCGUAUAUGUCAGUGCCCGUCCCUGUUUUUAUACGACGCCGAGUACUUUUAGUGUUAAAAUUUUUGGUAAAUGCGAAAUGGCGCAAGCCUUGCACAUACAUACAUACAUAUGUACGUAGGUAUCUGGCUCCGAUUUUUAAACAAACUACGGAUUAAGGAGUGUUAAUUGUCAGUUCCUGGACAUUUAAAGAGUUUGAAGUGGAAUCUAAAACCAGCUUAUGCCAAAAAGGAAGAAAUAACGUUAAAUAAAGUGGCUGACACUGCAGCUAAUGCCACCCACAAGCGAGCUACAUAUUUAUCUGCACCGCAAUGAUAGUCUCUUCAGCUUUUUCACAAUUCAUCAGCAUCUGUGCCACCUGCUUUCAAUAACCGAGUGCUUCUAAAAUCAAACUAAGAUGCCUGGACUCGUCGUUUUUAGACGGCGCUGGUCAGUAGGCUCAGAUGAUCUCGUAGUACCAGGAGCUUUUUUGUUGACUACGCAUCUUAUUUGUUUUGUAAUAGUGUUGCUGUCAUUAUUGGUCUUCGAAUACAACCUUGCGAUUCUAAACUUGAAGUUACUUUUCGCUCUGCAGAUCUGUUAUUUAAUAAUAUUAUUUUGUUCCGUUUGCGUUGAGUCUGGCAUCUGUGUCAUAUCUAUGCGGGGUAGUAUUUUGGACUCUGCCGCCCGAACAUCGAUCAACCUUUGGAUAUAUCUAAAAAGCAUGGUAAUAUUUUUUGAUAUUACGUGGCUGGUAUUAGGUACGAUAUGGUUGACAAACUAUUAUUUUGAUGCACCCAUCGAUGAGGCCAAGAAGAUCUUCAUGGCCACCGUAAUUUGCAAUUGGGCAUUGGUGUUCAUAACUCUUAUUACCAUUUGGUGUACAUUCGAUGCUGCCGGCCGUUCAUGGGUCAAAAUGAAAAAGUAUCAAAGGUCAAUGAGAGAGACUGAGUCUCGCUUCAAUUACAAGCGCAGCAACAGCAUGAAUCGUAAUUGGCGCCAACGAAAAGUGAUGCGUGCGUAUCAAGACAGUUGGGACCACCGGUGUCGUCUACUGUUCUGUUGCAUGGGUGGCACAGAUCGCAAUCGAAACUCCUUUACCGAUAUAGCCCGCCUGCUUAGUGAUUUCUUUCGGGAACUGGACGUGGUGCCUUCAGAUGUUGUUGCAGGCUUAGUGUUAUUGCGAAAGUUCCAAAGAAUAGAACGCGAAGCCGUUGUUCGUCAGCGGAAAAAUGGCACGUACGAGUUCUUGAGUGGUGUGCCAAUUACUGACCGCACUCAGUUCCUAGCUUUAAACGAUGCAAAAAACUACGAUUUCUUCCAAACUAUCAUACACUACAUGCAUUUCGCUCAGGGUGCCUACGGCUGGCCAAUGUACUUCAUAAUAAACCGUUCGAAAAUGUAUAAUUUGCUACCUGAGUUAAAAUGCUUUACUUGUUGUUGCCGUCCCCAAACUGAUACGCCCCCUAUUAUACAGGACAACUGUUGUUUUUGUAAUUAUGCCGCCCUAAAGAAAACUUUGCAAGCUGGUGAUAUAGAAAUUAUCUACGCCACCUACCAUGUUGAUGUGGGUGAGACGCCGUUUUUCGUGGCUGUAGAUUAUACCCAAAAAAAAAUUGUAGUGAGCAUACGUGGGACACUCAGUAUGAAGGAUAUACUCACCGAUUUAAACGCAGACGGGGAAGUGCUGCCACUCUCACCACCGAGAGACGACUGGCUGGGCCACAAAGGCAUGGUGCAGGCAGCUAUUUAUAUUAAGAAUAAAUUAGAGGAAGAAGGACUGAUCGAGCGUGCGUUAAGUCGUAAUCGUGAUAAGGGAACUCACACAUUUGGAUUAGUGUUAGUGGGCCAUUCACUUGGUGCCGGAACUGCGGCUAUAUUAGCCAUACUCAUGAAAGCAGAUUAUCCGUCGUUACAGUGUUUUAGUUACUCACCACCAGGUGGGUUGCUCAGCAUGCCCGCGGUGGAAUAUACAAAAUCGUUUAUCACAUCCGUUGUGUUGGGGAAGGAUGUAGUACCUCGCAUCGGCUUACACCAGAUGGAAGCUUUGCGUGCUGACUUAAUUAACGCUAUCCAACGAAGUGUUGAUCCCAAAUGGAAAACAAUAUCCUGCUCUGUUAUUUGCUGUGGCUGUGGACCCGAACCCACAUCUGUUGUUGAGAUGUCCGGCAAAGACACCCAUAUAAAUCAAUACCAAGAACAAAGAGACUCAGCACGUGCAACAAGUGCGCAUCCAACAGACAGCUCUAUUGCUUUGACAUUACACCAGCCACUAUACCCGCCCGGGCGCAUAAUUCACAUAGUGCGACAUCAUCCGAAACCAGAAGAGCAAAAGUACGACAGCGGUUGGAGAAGUGUUCUAAAGAGUCAUGAGCCGGUCUAUCAGGCCAUCUGGGCUGACACUUACGAUUUCGAUGAAGUUCUCAUAUCGCCGGUAAUGCUGCAGGACCACAUGCCCGACAAAGUAUUGGCGGCGCUAAAAAAGGUUGUAACCACGAGUGGACCGCGUAAACCGCAACGUCAAACCUCGAAUGCCUUCUCCACCAUAUCCAACGAUUGUAAUCAUUAUGACUUCGAUGUCGAACGUGUAUCGCCUCUGGGCUCUAUCGACCCGAUAAGCAUUUUAAAACUUGAAACCAACUUUAAACGAUUGUCGCAUAGCUCUUUUCCCAACAUAAGCAGCUCUAUCAAUUUAACACCUACAACACAACACAAAAUCUGUCAUGAAACCUCUUUUGCCAAUUUACAAGGUCCAUUGGAUAUGCAAACGAUAGGCACGCAAUAUUUUCCUGGACAAAAUUCGAGUAAGACGUCAUCUAUUGCUGGCAGCAUUUUGGGCCGAAGCCAGCUAAGUUCAGCUCAAUACGACAUAUCAGUAGAUGAGAGCAUAACAACGGUAACGCGCCGAAGUCCUUCUGUACCGAGCGAAACUGCCACGGUGAUCAUAAAUGAUCCUGAUCAAUUACCCAUUCAACGCUUAAAGGCUGUUGCUUUCGACAUUGAUUGCAAUUCUAGUAUACUAGUACAGUCGCCAUCUCUUUAUAAUGCACCUAAAGGUAUUUUACAUCGUCAAUAUUCGGCACGCGUUGAGAAGCGGAAGCGUAAUAUGCCCAUAACAGCAUUGCGUAGGGCUUCGGACGCCUCACGACCAGUAGAUUUAUUGCAUGAUGACUGGCUCGGUUUGGCGCCGUUAGCUAGUCCUGAAACGUUAUCUGAGAUCUCUAGUAUUUCGUCGCGCACAAGUGCUCCCAUCAGUUUAGCUAACAGCAUAGAACGUUAUUUGCAUAAUUUAAAUUUGAGCGGUGAGAGUGCAAACGGACGUGUCAUGCUCGAAGACAUAUUCGAAUCGCAACUGCAUACCCCAAAAAUUAUGCGGCGGGCACCAAAGUUCAGUGAGAACCUGUCAACCUGCGCAGAGGAUAGCCGAAAUUUAGAUCAAUAUAAACGUAUGGGCCGAGUGUUCGUUACAUUUCCGCCCAUAUUUGACAACGUUUAUAAUAAUAACAAUAAUAACAAUCAGCAGUCCAGCUUCGACUCGAGCGAUGAUAGUUACGAAUCAGCGCAGAGUCUUAGUCGACUUCAGUCAAAACGUAAUCCCACCACAGUACGUGAAUCAACUGGCACCAAUACGCUUCAACCGAAACAGAGUUCAAAAUCCGCGGAUCCAUUAGAUGGUGAUACAACGGAACAAAGACAAAGUCAAUAUCCCAUAAAGAAGUUAACUUUUAGUGAUAGUGAAAUUCUAAAUGAAGAUUGUUCGAGUCAGUGCCCCAAUUGUCCAUGCCACUUGGAUGUAGGAACUGAAGUUAAAGUCGAUUGCUGCCAGCGCUUGGAACACAGCCAAUGUUUAAUGACGGUUUUAAACAAAGAUGGAAACAGCGGAUCAGCUGAUACGACUUUUUAUAGUGCCAACUCCUCACUCGAACAAUUCUCGACGCCGGGAAGAAUGAUGAGCCAUAACAAAACCGCCUUUAAUAGUAACUCCGAGUACCAAAGUGUCACCGAGGACACAUUCAGCAUACGACCAGGUGUUCUCGAAUCACAUUUUCCUGUAUACGAAACUGAUUCUCAUCCAGUGCACCAUAACGGGUCACAAUCUGGUAAUGCCUCCGAAAUGCAUGAAACUCCUAAAUGUCCCUCAUGUGAUUUAGCACCCUCGACACAAAUAAAGCAAGAUGUUAUUGGUGGUCGAAUACGCAAGAGGCUUUCAUCCGAAGAAUUUAUAUUUACUCGCAAUGAUGACUUUUCUUUGAUUGCCCAAUUGGGGGAGAAGUCGAACAAACGUAAGGGAUGCGUCUAUCCAGCGGGGAGUAAUUGCAAUAUGCGGAUAGCGCAACCACUGAUCUGCACCAAUACAGCAACAACGACUACAACAGCAGCCACUGCAACAAAAUCUUCACCAAUUUUACAAAUACAAAAUUACUCAAACCAACUUGAUUCACUAUCUGUUUCGAGUCCCUCUAGCAAAUGUCCUAGUCUAAUACUUCAUAUAACUAAUAGCGAAGAAAGUAGUGUCUGAAGCUCGUGGCAAGUACCUAAUUAAAUAUAUUAAUAUAAUAAGUUUACAUAGUAUUAGUGCACGAAAGUAUGUUUAUAAGACAUACAGUAGCCGCUCGUGUAUGGGACCUAUUUCAAACAGGAUUCGUUCACUCGAGUGCAUUGUUGAUAUAUUAGAGGCUGAAUUUAUAUGCAGUUUCACUUAUACAUAUUAGGUUGGAGAAAAAUAUUUUAUCACAUACAUAUGUGACAUUUUAACAAUGAAUUACUAGUUUUUAAAUUGAUAAAUUAAUUUUAAAAAAUAUUGUAACCUAUUUCGCAAAUAGAGACUAAAUAUAAUAAUACUAAAAAACAAUAUUAUGAAAAACAAUAUAUAGCUACAGAGUGAAGUAAUUGUAUGUGAAAUGACAGAGUGAAGUUCUUAUAUCUUAAACUCGGCGAAACCCGCUUAAGUGACUAGCGCGCCAAUCAAGAAAAAACAAAUAUUUUAACUUAAACUGAAUGAGUGAAGUUUUUUAUUGUUUUUUUUAUGUACCAUGCAGUUUUUAUUUUUUAGUUUAUGUUUUGUUUUUUUGUUCUUGUUGACAACCACCAUUCACUAAAUAUUCCACCUCGGAGCACAACUAAGAAAUAUAAUUAGAGAAUUUAACUGCAAAAGCUGAUAAUUUCGUGACACUUUCAUCUUCUUAUAAGGAAAUAAGAGUUUCUUCUUUUUUUGCUUUAAAUUUGAUACAUUAGUCUUAUGCGAAAAAGUCCUUGAUAUUAAUUACAAAGGGGAAAAUAUUCUUUUAAAUCAAAUACUGCAAAUAAUCAGAUGAUAAUGUACACAUGAAAGAGAGGUCGAGUUCACUCUUUAGAACCGGCAGUUCAAAAUUUGUCAGUAUGUAUGUUUUUGUUGACUCUUUCGGAUAUACAAGUGAGUGUCUAUGUAACCGAGCGUCUACUGUAUUUAGAUCUUGUACAGAAUCCUAAAAUUGUAUUUUCGGCCGAACCUGAGGAGCUCUCCAGUUAGUGAAUCAUCAACACUUGUGCAUUGUAAGGAACGAAGUGCAAUACAAACCAGCUAUACAACUGUGAUCAAACAAAGAUAAACUGUUUUUAUUAUAAAAUGAGAUGUGUUGUAGUAUUUGCUGUAAACAAGUAUGAUUGGUAAAUAAAGUAUCCUCAAGCAGUCGGCUAAAGACGUUUUGAUAUUG